UGGACCUGGUAGUGCUGGAACAGGGCCAGGAGGCUACGGACCUGGUGGUGCUGGGACAGGACCUGGAGGCUAUGGCCCUGGUGGUGCUGGGACUGGGCCUGGAGGUGCUGGGACAGGACCUGGAGGCUAUGGCCCUGGUGGUGCCGGGACAGGACCUGGAGGAUUUGGACCUGGUGGUGCCGGGACAGGACCUGGAGGCUAUGGCCCUGGUGGUGCCGGGACAGGACCUGGAGGAUUUGGACCUGGUGGAUUUGGACCUGGAGGAUUUGGACCUGGUGGUGCCGGGACAGGGCCUGGAGGCUAUGGCCCAGGUGGUGCUGGGACUGGUCCUGGAGGAUUUGGACCUGGUGGUGCUGGGACAGGACCAGGAGGCUAUGGACCUGGUGGUGCUGGGACUGGUCCUGGAGGUGCUGGGACAGUGCCUGGAGGAUUUGGACCUGCUGGUGCUGGGACAGGACCUGGAGGAUUUGGACCUGCUGGUGCUGGGACAGGACCUGGAGGAUUUGGACCUGCUGGUGCUGGGACAGGACCUGGAGGAUAUGGACCUGGUGGUGCUGGAACAGGACCUGGAGGCUACGGACCUGGUAGUGCUGGGACUGGACCUGGGGGAUUUGGACCUGGUGGUACUGGGACAGGACCUGGAGGAUUUGGACCUGGUGGUGCUGGGACAGGGCCAGGAGGAUUUGGACCUGCUGGUGCUGGAACUGGACCAGGAGGAUUUGCACCUGGAGGUGCUGGGACUGGACCUGGAGGAUUCGGGCCUGGUGGUGCUGGGACAGGACCUGGAGGGUUCGGACCUGGUGGUGCUGGGACUGGACCUGGAGGCUUUGGACCUGGUGGUGCUGGGACUGGACCUGGAGGCUUUGGACCUGGUGGACAAGGACUCGGACUGAGAAAACCUCCAAAA